GUGUCCUUGCCGCCCACUUCCGCCAGGCUACAGAGACACUACACUUUCCGAUUGUUUAUGUCACUUCUAGUGAAUUUGACAUUAAUUCACAGGUGGUGUGUUUGGCUGUCUGGGAUGCUUGAAGAGAGGCUGGGCUGCACAGACAGGCCGAUGUUGGAAACAUGACUGCUGAGUAACGAUUAGUUACUUUCUCUGCUCAGUAUGAACAGCGAGGAGGAAUUUUUCGACGCUGAGACAGGGCUGGAGUCAGAUGAUUCCUGUGAGGUCAGUUUUAAAGAUGCCCUGGUGUUUGACAGCAAGCAGGUUACGGAUGGCAGCGCCACGCAGGAGAAUGGAGUGUGGGAACGCAGGAAAACCCUACCUGCUGAAAUGAUCUCCAGGAACAAUUUCAGUGUGUGGAGUAUACUAAAGAAAUGCAUCGGCAUGGAGCUGUCUAAAAUUGCGAUGCCGGUUGUGUUUAAUGAGCCGCUGAGUUUUCUCCAGAGAAUCUCGGAGUACAUGGAACACACACACCUCAUCCACAAAGCCUGCAGCUUAUCUGACUCCAUAGAGCGCAUGCAGGUUGUUGCUGCCUUUGCUGUUUCGGCUGUAGCAUCUCAAUGGGAAAGGACUGGAAAGCCAUUUAAUCCUUUAUUAGGAGAGACUUAUGAACUCAUAAGAGAGGACGAAGGAUACAGAUUGGUCUCAGAGCAGGUGAGCCACCACCCCCCGAUCAGUGCCUUCCAUGCCCAGUCUCUGAAGCAGGAGUUUGAGUUUCAUGGCUCCAUCUACCCAAAACUUAAGUUCUGGGGCAAAAGCGUGGAGGCCGAGCCUAAAGGCACCAUGACGUUGGAGUUGUUAAAACAUAAAGAAGCAUACACCUGGACAAAUCCAAUGUGUUGUGUGCAUAACAUCAUCUUGGGAAAACUCUGGAUUGAGCAGUAUGGAACAGUGGAAAUAAUCAACCACAGCACGGGAGACAAGUGCAUUUUGAACUUUAAACCGUGUGGGAUGUUUGGAAAAGACCUUGCCAAAGUGGAGGGACAUAUCCAAGACAAAAAUAAGAAGAAGCAGCAAGUGAUCUAUGGGAAGUGGACAGAGUGCAUGUACAGCAUCGACCCUAAACUUUAUGAAGCUUACAAGAAGUCUGACAAGAAGACGGGAGGCGACUCAAAGAAGCUGAAACAGGAGCAUAGCUGUGAAGGGGAGGAGGUAGAUGAGAUGCCAGAAGUUGAAGAGACUGUGACUGUGAUUCCAGGAAGUGCCUUACUGUGGAGGAUAACGCCGCGUCCCGCACACUCAGCCCAGAUGUAUAACUUUACCAGCUUCGCCGUGACUCUGAACGAGCUGGAGCCCAGCAUGGAAAGGCUGCUGGCGCCAACAGACUGUCGGCUGAGGCCGGACAUCAGAGCCAUGGAGAACGGAGACAUAGAUUUAGCAAGUACAGAGAAGGAGCGGUUAGAGGAGAAACAGAGAGCUGCACGAAGGGAACGCUCCAAGGAUGAGGAGUGGUCAACCAGGUGGUUCCAGCUCGGAACAAACCCUCACACUGGAGCUGAAGAUUGGUUAUACACAGGUGGAUACUUUGACAGGAAUUACACUGACUGUCCCAACAUUUUUUGACACAGAAGACACUUAUCCAAUUGGAUUCACUUUAUUUCUCAGCAUCUCAGAUUUGUGACUUUGUGAUGGCCAGAUUCUCAAUGGUACUGUCGUUAGAAUCAGUGAAAAGUGAAAUCUGUCAAUCAGAUGCUCUGCAGCUGACUGUGAACAUGCUCUGCAGGAGAGGUGUAAUAUUGUGAAUUUUAGAGGUGACUGACUGUAAAUGUUGACGUCAAAUAUCUUCACAGUUAUACACCCUGAAAAUGUAUGGUACUCAUCAUUCAAGGAUUUUAAACCAGCUGCCAGUGCGAUCUCUGAAGUGGUGAACAAGCUGCUGCAGGACACAAAAGAUAAAUAUUCAGUUUUAGUUCAGGUGCUCAACCAUCAUAUUACUUGUAGGCAAACCACACACUUCUGUCAAGUUGCAUUCAAAUAUCAGGGGCUAUUCAAACACAUCCGCUACUUUUAUAUAACCGACUUGGAAUCUAGAUGUUUAUUUUAAUUAGCACUUAACAUCUUUAAAAUGAUCACAAGUGUUUCUGUGAAUAGAGACUUGUGUUAGAAGUUAAAGCUGCUUAUUAUCACGUUUACAGCUACAGUAAACGUAUUGUCAGUACAUUUGCUGUUUUCUGCUGUAAUAUAGAUGAUGUGUAGAACAACUGGUGCAUGCAUGCUCACCAAGAUGUUCAUUUACACAAGUUAAAGCCAUAAAAAGCUUUUCUGCACUGAGUAUACAAAUGUUUGUGUAAAAAAGAAAAACACUAAAAAUAAACUAAAACAGAGAGGACUGGCUACAGGAGAGUUCUGACACUAUGGCUUCCUCCCCAGGCCCUUUGCCUUUUCACCCUCGCAAUGAAGUUUAGGAAAGUUUCAGAAAUCCAGUUAUAAUUUUUCAGCCAGUGACAGCAUCAAUUGUGUGUAAAUAAAUAUAUUUAAUGUAAAAGAAUCUUUAUUCCUUCUUUUUGGAAAUCUGAACCUGUAAACACAAAACAUAACAUAGACAUGGAUGUAGUUUGUAAACUUUGAGCUAUAACUUGAGACAUAGACAUUUUAGCAAAUUAGUGCCAUUAAAAUAUGCUGAUGUACUUAUUAGGAGUUUCUUUCUGGAAUGUGCUCAGAUUUAUUAACAGCUGGUUGUAUAAAUAUAAACUGGAAAAAUUUAGAAAAUGAGUGAUUGUGACAAGUUCUGAAGUCAAGCAUCCUCUGGAGAUACAAGUAAAAAGCAAGUGUCAUGUCUGUUAGAAUUAAAUGGAAAAAGAGAGCGAAUUUUAAUGUUAACCAUGCCUUCUGAAAACCGCCAGGGGAGGUGUGCCCUCUCAGCUUGAGAAACUUGGUUUUACCAAGAAAACAGGGUCAGACCGACUCCUGGCAGCCUCCUCUCUUCACACAUGAACAUGUGUGACUCCGCUGAAAGUUUCCAAUUUGAGAGUCAUUUUAAAGUCAGAGCUGUGUCUUCAGGCACAGUGAGGAAACGGGAUGCUUUAGUCAUCACAAACCUAUGCAAGCUGAUCCAUCCAGACGGCUCUCCUGUAAUGUGAAAAACCCAACACCUAGUUCUUCUCCAGCGAGUAGCCAGCGCGUGCCAUGCACUGCAGAGGCAGCCGAUGAGUGUUGUGUGCAACUCUACAUACUAUAUGUAGAAACUGCAGCAGAUAUUGGAUCAGAUCAGUUUUUCUUUUUCGUUUUCAAGCACUAAAACCUGCACAUUUGAACACUCACAGUCCUAUGCACAUAAAUGUACAGUGAAAUCUGUCAUCCCCCUCAAUUGCUCCACCCUUUACUCUGGAUUUAAAGCACUUUGUGAGGCCUGCAGGCAUUUAGAGGCACAGAUUCAAUCUGAUGAUGCUUCUCAUCUCUUUACCCCUUCUUCUCAUCUCUUUACCCCUUCUUCUCUUUGUCGAGCAUCCAUUUGAAAAUGUUUACAUUGUAUGUUGGUUGAUCAAAAUUUUUCCCCCUUUGUGUUCCAUACACAACCAUGUGCAUACAAAGCAUAUUUAAGAAAUAAAUUAUGGACUUCUAAAUGA